UUAUUAUACCUAACCCUUAUUUAUAUUUAUGAAAUUUGAAAUUUAAUUUUUUAAUGGAAAAAUUAUAAAGCUUGCUAUGUUAAAGAAUGCCGAGUCUGUUGCUAUAAUCGAAUGAAUUUCAUUUAAUAAAAAUCAUUUGAAUAAUUUUAUAUGCAAGUUUGAUAGCAAUCAUACAAAAAAUGGGUACAUCUUUGGCAGAACAGUUGCAAAAAUUAGCUGUCCCUCAGACAAACCUCCUAGUCGAUAGUAAAAAGAAGGCCUCUCUAUUGUUUGAACCUAAAGAAGCAGCUACUCUUCGAAAAGAUACUAUAUAUAAUAUUGGAUUGGAAGGAUUAGAAGAUCUUAUUUCGAAAAGUCUAGUUUUUGAAGAAUUUAAAGAGACACUCUUUCAUGUUACAUCGAAAAACUUUGAAAGGUCCAUUACCAAUAAAGAUGGUAACAGUAAGGUUGAUAAUGCAAUUAGAAAGUUUCUAUUGAUGGUAUCGCCAUACUUUAUGUUGAGUUCCUCACAUAAAGCAUUGGAAUGGUUGAUUCAUAGAUAUAUGAUUCAUGAAUACAAUAGAGAGGAUAUAUUGAUAUUAAUAUUGCCAUAUCAUGAAACUAAUAUUUUUGUAAGAAUGGUUCAACUUUUAAAGUUUAAGGAUCAUAACGACAGUUUUUAUUUCCUGAAACAACUUCAAAAGCCUGGAGUACAUUUGACAAAGCAGAAUUUAUUAAACCAUGCAGCAUCAAAUAAUGGAUUUUUAAAAUUUGUUACGAAAAUGAUUAAUAAUUUAAUAGAUGUUCACCCAAAUCCACAUACUUUAACUAUCGCUUUCAACUUUUAUUGUUCAGUUUUUAGUGGUGUAAUUGAGUAUUCAACUGAAAUAUCAGAGGAUCAAAUAUCACAAAUCUUACCUCUUAUUUUAAAAGGGUUGAGUUCUUCUAUACCUGACUUUUCAGCUGCUACAUAUAUUAUAGUUGCUCGAUUAUUAUCAAAAACAAGUUUGAAGGAUAAGGUAUUGGAUAAGUUUAUGAAAAAAAUAACUGAAAUUGAUAAUACUAACUUCAAAGUUGAAAUUAUCUUAGUUAUAUUAGUGAUUUAUCAGUCUCAAGCAGACUAUAAAAAUCUGCCAUUGGAUGUUAUAGAAAAUAUUACUAGAAUAGAAUGGUUUUCUCAAUGUUUACAAUAUUUAAACUCAAAUGGAAACUACAUAUAUCCUUUUCUGAAAGUUGCAAUUAGAAAAAUUAGUGAAGCUGGUCUUCAGGAUGCAAAUAAAUCGGCAAGAGAUUUAAUGGUAAACAUUCUGGAUGAAAUAAAAAUGGAUGAUUUUUUUGUGAAAAUAUUUUUAUGUGAGUUUCUGGGUGUUCUAAAUCCUGAUCAGAAAUACGGUACCGAAGUCGACCAAUGGUUGCAUGAAAUUAUUCAUAAACUGGACAAGCAGUAUCCAACUUCCUUUGAUGCAGCAGUUAGUGAGAUUUUUAAAAGUGGAUCUCCUAAUUAUAACAAAAACCACUCAACCUGUCUAAAGAACAUUUUACAAAAUGCUAUGAUGUUCGAAGGAAAAUUCGAAAUUUUAAAUAAACUCUAUCAUCCUAGUUUGGAAUUAAGACAAGAAUCGUUGUCAUUUCUGACAAAUCAUUUCUCAAAUUUCAGACAAAGUGAACAAGAUUUUAUUAAACAUUCUCUGUAUGAUAAAUUAAAUGAUGAAAAUCCAAAAGUUGUUAAGGAGACGUUAAUGUUAUUGCAGCAGACUGAAGUUGUACAUAAAGAUUUUUAUGAUAAUGUGCUGCUUUAUGUGAUUAACAGUAAACAAUUCUUGUCGGAUAAAUGGAAAAAUGUAUUUGUAUUAGCAAUUAAUUUAUUAACAAAAACCAGAACAUUUGAUUGGAAAUUAUUUCUUUCUAUCUCGCCAGUUUUAAUUUUACCUCCAGGAAACAAUUUUAAGGAACUAAAACAAAUUUUCAAGUCUAAGUUUUUUUCUAACUAUAUUUUAUUUAAUGAGUUUUGCAGUAACUUAAAAUACAUUAACAAUAGCACUGAAAUGUAUAAUCAAUUUAUCGCCUGUUUUGAAAAUAAUGAUAACUCUGAAAUAGUUGAAUCAUUAUUGCAGAGUAUCGACUUGCAGUUAGAAAAUUCUAUAAAUCAUUAUUACAGCAUCAUAUUUCUUUUAUCUAAGUUGGUACCAAACUCAUGUACUAUUAAAACCGCGUUUUCAGUGUUACAGAUUUUUGAACGUUUUUAUACAAAAUAUGAUGAAGAGAGAAAUAAGGGCGCGGAACGUUUAAAAGAAUAUAGUAAAAUUAAGCUUUUGGAUAAAUUUCCCCUUGAGGAUUUUGUAAAAUGCACAGAAAAUAUAGUUAAAAAAGUGACCUUAAAUAAAGAUAGUAUAAUACAUAUUGAUUUUUCUGAAGAUACUGAACUAGCUAAAUUUAUAAAAUUAUUGUUUACUCAAAUUUUUAAAGAUACAUUUCCUUCUAAAAUUCGUAGUGACACUAUUAACUAUAUUUUCUCAGAACCUUAUGAAAUAACAAAUCUUUUGUUAAACGUGGCAUCUUCAAAAGUGGUAUCAGAUAGUUAUAUUCUGAAAAUAUUGGACUUUAUUCGACAUGCCUUGAACAACGCGCAAUUAAAUGUCUUUGACAUUAAUACUUUAGCGUAUCUAUUGACUUUACUUGUUCAUUCAAAGGCUGAAAUUAGGAAAUCUACGUUAACGCUAAUUAAACUUUUAAUAAACAAACAGAAAUGUUUGAAGGACGCUCAGAAAUUCGGAUAUCUUUGUGAGGGUUUAAUAUCACAUUUUGAUGAGAUUUUUGUUGAUCCUGAGCAGGUGUCAUUAAUAGCAUAUAAUUUAUUAGUAACAGGGUACGAGGCAAAGAAAAUUAGCGACGAAGUGAAAUUAUGUUUAAGCGAUUUAGUUCAUUUUGCAUGCGAUUUAAAAUCGCCUGUUUAUGCCAAAGCAGGUGUCCUGAUAAUUUUGUCUCAUAUAAAUACCUUUGAAAUAACAGAAAAACUCUGUGAAAGUGGAUUUACACUAUUUAUGAAAACCGCUGUUAUACAAGACCAUUACGCCGUGGUUUCUGAGACAAUUAUCAAUAGGCUUGAUCCCCUUAUUGCAUCUAAAAUAAAUUUGGAAACUAGUAUUUAUAAAUUUAUUAAUUUUGCCUUAAGGCAUGACAAGAAGGUAAUUAUUGCUGAUCAAGAAACCUGCUUACCUGUUAUUCUUUUAAAUCAACUAACUAGAGAAGUUUAUUCCCGAUUACCAAAUGACGUCUUGGAAAAGUUACUAGAUACUAUAUGUGAAAUAUUGACUUACAAUCAGCAUCCAGAAGUCCAUUCCCUAUCUAAUCGUCUAUUUAAACACCUAGAUUUGGACGCAAAAAUGAUUGUUAGUAUACUUCAAAAUAUGAAAGAUGUAGAAUCAUCAAAACUUGUUUCAACCAAAAAGAGAAGAAGGGUAAAUGUGGUACCUACAGUUGAUAUACUAGAUACAUUAGAGUGGAAAAAGGGAGUGUGUAUGUUGGAAUUAAUUCAAGAUAAAAAGAAAAUUCGUAAUUCCCAAUGUCUAACACCUUUAUUGUUCAGUAUUCUGAAGAAGUGUCUGGAUUUUGAGGAACAAAGCGCUGUUGAAUAUCCGAAACAGUUAAUAUUAUCUUUAAUUUUGUUAGUUUGUUCUAAGAGCGAGAAUGAAAACCUCCCAGAAAAUGUUUUUAACAUAGAACUUGUUAUUCAAUGUAUAAGAGCAUCUCAAAAUCCUCAAACUCAUCACCACGCCUUACUGGUUUUAGUUGAGGCUGCUCAAAUAGUUCCAACCGAUGUAUUGCAUCAUAUAAUGAGUAUAUUUACUUUUAUGGGAUCGUCCCUGCUUCGUUACGAUGACGCUUAUAGUUUUCAAAUUAUAAUAAAGAUUAUUGACGCCAUUAUUCCUAUUUUGCUUACGAAGAAGGAUACCGCUUCGAUUGCAAACGUUUUACAAGUUUUUGUAGAUGCAUUAUCUGAUGUACCAGAACACAGAAGACUACCAGUUUAUAAACAACUUUUGACCAAAGUUAAUGAACUGGAGAACCUUUAUAUUUUCUUGCUGUUGGUUUUUGAAAAAGAAAUAAUGUCUGGAAGUCAAGAGAAACAGAAAAAUAAUAAAGAUCAACAAACCACCCUGGAUAUAGCAUUGCAUCUUUGUUUAGAAUUCUCGCCAGAAGUUAUCCUUAAUGUGUGUCUUCAGCUGAUUAACUAUUUAAAAUCGCUUCCAGAUGAAAAAGAUGACAAGAUUGACUUGAAAGUGAUUGGUCCUAUAUCUAAUAUUAGGAAUUACACACCAAAACAAUUUCGUCACUUUAAAUAUGUCCUAAUUAAUUUUAUAAAAAAUAUUUUAACGGACAUACUGCUUAUUAAUAAGAUAGUUGUAUUAUCACAAAACGAGAGUGUCAGUUUAGAGAAGCUUUAUAAGGACUUAAUAGUAAGUAUUUUAACUUAUAUUCAGCGUAUACAAAAAGUUACAGAAAAGGCGGCAAAUACACCACAAGCGCAAUAUUGGAAAAUCAUGUUACAUCAUAGCUAUGAUAUCUUAGAUAGCAUAAAUGCCUUACUUACACCUCACAUGUUUUUGCUGGUUAUUAAGGGACUUACUCUUUAUAACAUUUAUACCGUUAAGAGGAGGGCUUUAGAAUUACUAAAUGCAAAAUUACAGCAUAACUUUCAAUACUUUGACGAAUGUGAUAGAAGUGAAAUAUAUAUCUUAAUUCCACCUAUUAUAUCAAUAAUAGAAACACUCAAUUCUGAAGAAGUAGAAAGUGAUCAAGAAGUUUUAAUUCAAACUGCUUUACUGUCUUUAAAACUUAUAGUGAAGGCAUUUGCUUCAGAUGAUCCAGAAAAAUUCGUACAGAUUUUAGAAUUUAUUAGUAAUUUAUUAAAUUCUGGUAAACCGCAGAAUAAUGUUUUGGCAUCAGUAAUAUUAUGUCUGGCAGAACUCUGCGCUAUUUUAAGGGUGCACGCUAUAUCGUGUCUUCCGGAUGUUAUGCCAGCAUUUCUAAAAAUUUUGAAGAAACAGAAACAUCAAGACACAUCUAGUUUACUUUUAAUCAGUGUCGUAACUGCAGUUAACAAGUUAUUAGACAGUUUAUCACUUUUCCUAAGUCCAUAUCUUAAAAAAAUUAUAUUUGAGAUGUCUAUUUUAAUCAGUAAGUGGAGCUGCUCAAACAAAGACCAAAAGGCAACACCUCUCGUUAAUAAAUUGAAUUUAGUUGCUAAAAAAUUGGGUAGUUUAAUACCAGCUAGAGUCCUAAUACCGUCUAUUGAAGAUAGUUACAAUACUUGCAUAACAAAGAAAUAUUUCAAGGCAAUCGGGUCACUAAUGGAUAUCUUGUCAGAAUGUAUCAAACAUUUAACUCCAGCAGAUCUAAAUUCAAGUACGCAGGACCUUACCAACUUUUUCUUGCACGCUUUAAAAUUCCGAUCGGAAAAAAGUCAGUCAAUAGAAGAUGCCAAUAAUGUUGAAACUCAUAUCGUCAAAGCAUUAACUGUGUUUAUUUUAAAAUUAUCUGAGAGCUCCUUUAAACCUUUUUACUAUAAAAUAUAUGACUGGGCCAUUAGAGGUGACGAGAAAAGUGAAAGGCUCAUCACUUUUUAUAAUUUAUCUAUGAAUAUUGCGCAGUCGUUGAAAGGGCUUUUCGUUUUGUUUGCCAGUCAUUUUUUAAAUAAUGCAGCACAAAUUGUCUCUGAUAUCAAUAAACUAAAGGGUGAUAACACCUAUUUCAAAGAUGAAGCAAAGGACAUUAUGCUAUUAGAAUAUGUACUAAAAACACUUCAAACUGUAUUUAGGUAUGCUAACCAGAAGUUUAUAAAUCGGGACCGUUUUGACAUACUGAUGCAACCGCUUGUAGAUCAAUUAGAGAACGAUAUAGGUGGAAUUGAGAUAUUAAAUCAAAGGAAUGAGACAUUAUUAACACCAACAAUCGUACACCUUUUCGUCGCAGUUUCGGAUGAUGUCUGCUGGAAACAGAUAAAUUACCAAAUUCUUUUGAAAAUGCGCAGUGCUACGCCCGGUAUAAGACUGAUUGCUCUCCAUUGUCUGAAGGAGGUGGUUACAAAAUUAGGACAGGAUUUCUUACCUCUUCUACCAGAAACCAUACCAUUUUUAGCUGAACUCCUUGAAGAUGAAGAAGAAACAGUAGAAAAAGCUUGCCAAAAAGCUAUUCGUGAAAUAGAAGUUGUCUUGGGAGAACCUUUGCAAAAAUAUUUUUAAAAGUUUAUGAUGUUAUUUGCGUAAAUUCGGACAUAUAAUAAUAUUACGAGCUCUUUUUAUUUAAAAAAAAACUAUUUGCUACCAUAUAAAAACAUCCUUUUUUGAAGAUACCCAUAUUAUCCUUAGCUAGAUAAUAUUUUGUAUUACUGUAUGUGUUUUACAGGUAUUUUAAAAUUGACCUUUAGGUUAUGAUAAUAAUUGUGGAUUUAAAUAUAUGAACUAUAAAGUAACAA